AUGGCCGAAUCAAUACAAUCGGGUAAUAGAUCUCGUUUCACUGAUCUUUACGAUGAACCAAUCGAUCACUUAUUAUGUCCUAUCAAAGGUUAUCAAGAUAAACCACUUGUUUCACUUACAGAAGCCAUCGAACCCGUUGCAGGAUUCUUUAAUGAAAUCGAAGAUAAUGUUUUGGUGGCGUUACAUAAUUGUCAAAAUCCAGCCGAUGAAUUAACUCAACAAGAAUCGGCAUCAAUACAUUUGUACACUAUGGAAUUCGAUGACGGACCGAGUUUAUAUCUUUUACUGAAUGAAUCGUUACGUGCUGAAAGUCGUGAAAGUUUGAAACCAUGGUUUUCAUACCUUAAAUUAUUUUUGACGGCUCUACAUAGACUACCAUCACAAAGCAAGCGUGUAUGGCGUGGUAUUCGUGGCGUUGAUUUAAGUUCAAAAUACAAAACUGGUACGAAAUUUGCUUGGUGGGGAGUUAGCUCUUGUACGGCUGAUAUGAAACUACUUGAAUCCCCAAAAUUUUUGGGUAAACAUGGAAUACGGACUCUCUUUUCCAUUGAAUGUAUCGAUGGAAAAUCUGUCGUCGCUCACUCGUACUUCAAAAAACAAGAAAGCGAAAUUAUUCUUAUGCCAGGCUCAUAUUUUGAAGUCAUUGGUCAAUUAAAUCCGGCACCUGACCUUCACAUUAUUGAAUUGAAACAAAUUCCACCGCCGAUGAUACUCGUUAAACCACCAUUUCCUAAGUCAAAUCAACCAAAAUCAUCAUCAGUUGUACCUAAGCCAACUAAACCUGCUCCAGCGACACCGCCGAUAGAAACAGCAGUGAAACCUAUUCAUACUGUUUCAAAUAAAAAGCCACCAAAUAUAACAGGUAGGAUUGCUUUGACAAUUCUCAUCCUAGUUUGUUUUGCAAUAAAGUAA